AUGGAUCAAGCUGAGUGGUUGGGAACGCUAAAAUACGCCGGUAAGGUGCAGGAUAAGGUUUCCGUCGACACUCUCAUGCUCCGGUACCGUCCGAUCGCUCCUAAACCGACGACUGAUCAGACAGGAGAUAACAACAACAACAACUACUCACGGUACGGUAUGAGCAAACGAACCAAACGAAAGUACGUUAGGGUUUCAAAGAAUAAUUCAAGCACGUGUCGAGGAAAGAGCAGAUCUGGCGUAUCUGAUGAUCGGGAACACUCCGAAGUCGUGACGCUGCAACUCAUGCCGGAAAAAUCCGAUAUUUCCGGCGAAAACACGCCUUUAGAUCAGGACAGUCUCGAUCCGACGGUGAAAACGAUAAUCGGAGAGAAAGCACGAGAAACCGACACGUGGGGGACGUUUAACGGCGGAGUUACGGCGGACGUGGAGACAUGGGUGACGGUAGAGUCCGUCACAUGUGUAUGUGACGGUGGUUCGAGCUCCCAUGCGGCGGGGUGCACGGACGUUGAGAUAGUGGACAAUCUUGGUAAGGACACGUGUCCAGCUUUCGUAUCGGAUGGUUUGAACCGUGUGGUGUGGGUCAACGAGGCUUACCGGAGAAUAGUUUCCGGUGAGGAGUCAUCAUCGUCGCCGGAUGUUGUGGUGUGGUUGGUGGCGGACGAGUUUACGGCGGGGAUGUGUUGUAACUACCGAGCUUUCACGUGUAGGGUGAGGAUACAGUACACGUGGCAGGAAACAAAGUAUACCAAAACGGUGCCGUGUGAUGUGUGGAAAAUGGAGUUCGGUGGUUUUGCAUGGAGGCUAGACACAACAGCUGCUCUGACUCUCUGGCUUUGA